AAACUAUAGCAACUACUAACUAACUAGUGGGUUGGAGUAACUAACUAGUCAGGAUGAAAACCCACUUGGUUGUGUCUUGCUGUCUGCUCUCUGCAGUGUGUUUUCUGGAGGCAGAGAUGAUCACAGUUAAGGGGUCAGAGGGCAGCAAUGUCUCCUUCACAUGUUCCCACGGUAACGCCUGGAGCAACAACAAGUACCUCUGCAGGGAUCCAUGCACAGACGACCAAGACAUCAUAGUAACGGUUACAGCAGGUGGAACAGCAAAGGAGGGUAGAAUCUCUCUUCAGGACUCAGGAUCUGGAGACCUCACUGUGAUCUUCUCUGAGCUGCAGAAGGCAGACUCAGGGAGGUACUGGUGUGGAGUGCAGAGAACGGGAUAUGAUUCUUACAUUAAUAUACAGCUUCAGGUUCUGGAUGCUCCCAAAACUACACCCCCUAUGACCACUACAACACCUCUGCCCACGACGACAGCAUCCUACACCAGCUCAACGUUCUCCAGCUCUGUCUCCACCUUCUCCUAUGACGUCUCUUCCAGAACCUCCCCUGGGUUUGGGCCCCACCCCAGCACAGUGCCAUCAGCAGGGUCUGUGCUAGUCUAUGCUACAGUCGGGGUAGUUCUCACGGUUGCAGUUUUAGGAUUGGCCCUUUUCGUGGUGUUCCGCAAGUGGAGAAGAAAUAGAGCACCAGUAAUGCAUCCCUCCACAGGCCUUGGCUCUUCUCUUUUAAAAGAGGAUGACUGUGUGUAUGAGAAUUUCAGAGAGGACAGACAAACAGACUCAAAUUCAACUGGUCUUUCUUACCCUGUCAGCCAUGCUAACUCUGUCAGCCAUGCUAAGUCUGUCAGUCAUGCUAAAUCUGUCAGCCAUGCUAAGUCUAUCAGCCAUGCUAAGUCUGUCAGCCAUGCUAACUCUGUUAGCCAUGCUAAGUCUGUAAGCCACUUAAGCAGAGUUAGCCAUGCUAGCUCUGCAAACCAUGUUAGCCAUGCUAGCCAUGUUAGCCAUGCAGGCCCAAUGUACGCUAACACAAGCCGAACCAAAUAUUCUGAAAAACCACAAUACCGGGGGGCACGCUUCCAUAAGAACACUGUGGCCACACACCAUCCCCCUGACAAACAUCCCCCUAACAACCAUCCCCCUGACAACCUACACAAAGAUGAUGGCCACUCCGUGUACAGAAACGUAGAUUUCAGCCAAAGAUGUUAAGAUAUAACAAGACUAAUCCUUUUAUUAAUCUCACAAAUGUGGGCACACACACAGGUUCUCUCUCUCUCUCUCUCUCUCUCUCUCUCUCUCUCUCUCUCUCUCUCUCUCUCUCUCUCUCUCUGUCUCUCUCUCUCUCUCUCUCUGUCACCCCCUCUCUCUUCCUCCAAUCCUCUCUCUCUCUGUCUUUGCCCCUCCCUUUCUCUCUCUCUGUCUCUGUUUCUGAGAAUCCACACAGCGACCUCACACCACAGCACCACCAGACAUCAUAGCUGUGAGUCGCUCUCUACAUGUGUGACCUCCACAGUGUUCUCCUCUC